CCCAGUGACUGAAUCCGAAGUCACCCAUUGCACUGGAGCCUAAGGCAAGCAUGGCUAUCAGUCUUGGCGCCCGAGGUAGCGGAAAACAGCGCAGGCGGCGGGAAUUCUGCCACAAUAGCCACACGUUUGUGUUACGCCACACGGAUAUACUUACAACAUCACGCGUCAAGCUCCUCCCACCUUGGACAAAUGCUUGAUCACCCACCCUCUCAUCAAGAUGCAACCCCAGAGAACUUGGAUGCUUCCCAACAUGAUGACCCGCACCAUCACCCUGACCAACGAUGUGAUCUCCGAGUGGCGCCCCAUCGAAAAGCUAAAAGAACAACCGGUUGAGAUGGACGAGGAGGAAUCGAAAGACGAGGGUGGAGUUCCCAACACUCGCAUCGACUUUCUUUGCGAGAAUGUCGAUGACACCAACUGCCAAGCUAUUGUCGUAAUGUUUCUACAGAUCCCCUUUGAAGGAACAGAAUUCGCAGCACCAGACAUUCGAGCCCUUCAAGCCACCGAGAAUGAUUCUCUCAUAACCAGGGAUUUGCUAUCGGCGUAUUCUCGUCUGCAGGAGGGGAACUGUCAGCAUACCCCCGCCUUUCUAGGCACCUUGGAAGAGAAACAAGACCCGUAUAGCUGGGUUCCGGGGGGUUAUACAUUCUUUUUGGGGUUUACAAAGGUUCCUGGGGUCCCGCUGGGGACUAAAUGCAUGGGCGAGGGGGUUUUCUACAACCUCCAUCCCAAGAAGAAGGAGGCGGUCCGCGAGGCUUUCAAAGUGGCUUAUAUCGCUAUGACUUCUUGCGGGGUCCGGGAAUGGUUAGACAGAUGUCUUAAUCAUCUGGUUUGGGAUGAAAGUGUUGGUAAAGUAUACUUCGUCGGAGACUUUGGCCCUACCGAUGAGGAAUGGGAAUGGAAUCCGGCUUGGUGGCGUCGGUGGAAUUUGAAUGAAGGUGAGUCUGUGGGGAUGUGAUUGCUACAGUUUGCGUAG